AUGUUAAUAGGUAUAUCUGGAACUCUUAGUUCGGGAAAAACAGAGGUUGCUCGAUAUUUGACAUUUCAAGGCUUUAAGUUGCUAGUGUUCAAGGAAAAUGGGGAUAAAGAGGUCGAAUCAUCCGGGUCUUGUGAAUCAGCAUCGGUAAUUGAUAUUAAAGAAUUAUCUAUCUCAAACGACGAUAUUACAACUAAGGAGAUAAAUAAUGGAUCGAUGGAACCGUAUAAUCUGUUUAAUGAGUUGGACGAGUUGCUUGAAUACGUUACGACGAACUGGCGGAUGAACUUUGUAAUCUCUCACAUAAGUGAUAUUGAAAUGUUGAAUUCGCUUCAGAAAAGACCAUUCUUUUUGCAUAUUUCGAUAGAUGCACCUAUACAGUUGAGAUUUAAAAGGUUUUCUAUUAAACAAAAAAGGGAGUUGUCUAUUGAGGAGUUUAUUUAUCAGUCAGAUAGGCUUUUAUUUUCCUCCACCAACCCGUUAAUUGAAAUAAAUAAUCAGGCGCAAAUUAAGAUUAUCAACACAUCUGCAUCGAUCAAGAGCUUAUAUGUCAAAUUGUCUGAAUUGAAUUUAUUGAACCAGGAGAGAUUGAGGCCUACAUGGGACUCGUACUUUAUGAGGUUGGCAGACUUGGCAGCUUUGAGAUCGAAUUGCAUGAAACGUAGAGUUGGAUGCGUUGUGGUCCGAGGUAAUAGAGUGAUGGCUACUGGAUAUAAUGGAACACCUCGUAACUUAACAAAUUGUAACGAAGGUGGGUGUUCCAGAUGUAACCAAGGACAAGGCAGUGGGGCUGCAUUAUCAACAUGUUUAUGCUUACAUGCCGAAGAAAACGCAUUGCUCGAAGCAGGCAGGGACAGGAUUACUGGUGGACAAACCGGUGAGAAUAGUGUUCUAUACUGUAAUACAUGCCCUUGUUUAACAUGUUCAAUCAAAAUUGUUCAAAGUGGCAUCAAGGAGGUUGUAUACGCCCAAAGCUAUUCAAUGGACAUAUUAUCACAUAAGGUGAUGUCGGAAGCUAAUAUUAUAUUACGACAAUAUAGUCCUCCAACAGAUGGCAUUUUUAUUUAG